AUGGAAUUCAAUCGAGAAAAUUUUCUCGCCAUAAUUUAUUACAACUUUCAGAGACAAUUAUCGCAACAAGAAUGCCUGGCUGAGUUACUGUCUGUUUUCGGCAACGAAGCGCCACAUCAGUCGACAAUUUUCCGUUGGUAUGGCGAAUUCAAACGUGGACGGGUGAGUCUUAGCGACGAUCCCAGGGUGGGUGCACCAAAAAUGGCAGUCACCCAGGAAAACGUCGAUGCUGUGCGCAAACUCAUCAUUGAAGAUAGACAUGUGACAUAUCGCGAGAUUGAGACCACAAUUCAAAAAAAUUUACAUGAAGAAUUAGGAGUAAGAAAAUUAGUUUCUCGUUGGAUACCCCACCUGUUGACUGAAGAGCAGAAAGCAGCCAGGGUUAAUUGGUGUCAAAAAACGCUUGACCGUGAAGAAAGGCCAACAAAAGUCAUCCGUUCUCGAAGUGUUUCGAAAAAGAUGGUCGCGACAUUUGUGUCAAAAGCGGGUCAUAUUGCAACAAUUCCUCUUAAUGAGCAAAGAACUGUUGCUGCGGAUUGGUAUACCACCAUUUGUUUGCCAAAAGUCAUCACCGAGCUUCGGAAAAUCCUCCACCAAGACAAUGCAGGCUCGCACACAGCCCAAAAAACAAGGCAGUAUUUAACGAAAGAAAACGUGGAAUUAUUGGACCAUCCUCCAUAUAGUCAGGAUCUAAGUCCUCACGAUUUCUUUACUUUCCCGAAAAUUAAAAACAGACUGCGUGGUCAAAGGUUCCGGUCACCAGAAGAAGCAGUUGACGCAUUCAAAAAUGCCGUUUUGGAUCUGCCAGCAAACGAGUGGAAUAAGUGCUUCGAAAAUUGGUUCGAGAGCAUGCAGAUGUGUAUUAAUCUUCGUGGAGAAUACUUCUAA